UAUAUUUGAAGGGUGCAAAUUGCAAAAUGAGAUUAAUCAUAGGAUCUACCUACCCUGCAAACUUAGAAUGUUGAGAUGUCAAUUUUUCCACGUGACAAAUUAUGUGAAGUUGAAGAUAUCUAAGAAAGGGACAUAAUAGUCAUUACACAACCAGGGCCGAGUAUUUAUUUGUUGACAUUUGAUAAUUAAUAAUUAUUAAAUCCCCAAAUCAGUCAAAAAGGCUAAUUAGGGUUUGUUGGUGUCGGUGGAUUAUUGGAUCAGAAGAUUAAUGCCCAUCUCCCAAUCCAUUCUCUCCUUACGUAGCUUCUGAACUCACCGUUUCGGAAACCCCAACAGCCACACAGAUCGUCGGCGCGUGGAUUUCACGACCCGGCCCCUCGAAUACCUCUGAAUCCAAUUCAACGAACGUUUAGCAUCGAACCCUGAUAAUAUUUCGUCGAAACUAUAAUAUUGGCGGAUCGUUUCGUCUUCCUUUGAGCUGUCACCAUUGUUUAUUAUUUCUAAAGGUUUCUCUUAACAUUUACUGGAGAGAAAGAGGCUACUGGUUGCACAGUUGUGAAUACAUGCAUUCAGAGUGAUGAUAAUUAUCUUUGUUUGUUGUACUUGUGACUCUAAUCCGUGUGACGAAAAUGCCGUCUAGUUAUUUCUCAAGACUUCAGAGUGCAAUACUGCAAAAAGCCUGCAGAUCAGUCUCGGUGAAAGGAAGUGGAAUCCAAGAAAAUUCAGAUGCUUUGAUUGGACAAGGGAAGGCUUUGGUGGGCCAAUCGAGGCUCGUUCAUUCAUUACCUUCUAGAACAUUAACAGACCUGCAUGAUUUUGUCAGGCCCGGUACUGUUGCUUCUGCACAAGCGAAUUUGCAUAUAGCCAAUCGUAGAAGGAAUCUUUCAGUCGCUGGAGCAUUCUCUCGUGCGAUUUCUUUACCUUCUGUAACAGGGCCUUCGUUUCAAGUCUGUGGAUAUCACGUUGAUUGCAUUAGCUCCGAAAAGGCAGAUAUGGCUGUCUGUGGUUCUCGAUCUGCUAUUUCCGAUUGCUCUGUCAGUAAUUUGGCUUCUUCUAGGCCCGUACCACCUGGUGUGGCAGCGUAUCACUCGUAUAGCAGAAGGAACUUUAGUAAUUGUAGAAGAGCUAGCAUGAGUUUGGGAAAUAAAGAACAGCCUAAUAACUUCUUGUUGUACGGGUUUUUCAUGUACAAUGUAGCAAAGAGAAAGGGGAAUGGUAAUCCGUUUGUUGGACUUGGAUUUGAAGGUCUCCAUAUCUCGUCUUCGACAUGUUCCUCUGCUGGCACUGCUCGUGACGUGUCGUUCGGUAACUCUGCGAGGGAGGAACAUGAAUCUAGCUCUGCAGAUGAAUCUAAGCAAAACGCCCCAACCGACAGAAGCCUGAAACUAAAUUCCGGAUCAUGUUACCUGCCCCAUCCAGACAAAGAAGAAACAGGUGGAGAAGAUGCUCAUUUCAUUUGCACGAGCGAACAAGCCAUUGGGGUGGCAGAUGGUGUAGGCGGAUGGGCUGAUGUCGGCAUUGAUGCCGGUAAAUACGCCCGUGAGCUAAUGUCCAAUUCGGUCAAUGCCAUUCAAGAAGAACCAAAGGGCUCCAUUGACCCAGCCCGUGUACUCGAGAAAGCCCACACUGGCACUAAAGCUAAAGGCUCUUCAACCGCUUGUAUCAUUGCUCUCGCGGAACAGAGUUUGCAUGCGAUUAAUUUAGGAGACAGCGGGUUUAUAGUGGUGAGAGACGGGUGUACGGUAUUCAGAUCGCCUGUACAGCAGCACGAUUUCAAUUUUACUUAUCAGCUGGAGUGUGGUAAUUCCGGGGAUAUGCCUAGCUCUGGACAGGUGUUUACAAUCCCUGUAGCUCCAGGAGAUGUAAUAAUAGCUGGAACCGCCGGUCUGUUCGCCAAUUUAUACAACAGGGACAUAACAGCUGUCGUGGUUCACGCUGUGAGAGCAGGGUUAGGCCCUCAGGUGACAGCACAGAAGAUCGCAGUUUUUGCACGGCAACGGGCCCUGGACAAGAACAGGCAGACCCCGUUUUUUACGGCAGCUCAAGAAGCUGGAUUCCGUUAUUCCGGUGGAAAGCUUGAUGACAUCCCCGUUGUUGUUUCUUAUAUUGCCAGUGACCCCAAUGCUAAUGUAUGAUGAUUUUUUUACCCCCCCCCCCCCCCUCUCUCUCUCUCACACACACACACACACAACGUACUCGAACGAAAUCGUCUUCUUUUUUUUUUUUUGGUUUUCUUUUUUCUUUCUUGUAUGCAUCAAUUCAUUACUUUUCGAGUUAAUUGCAAUUAGUACCACGGUGUUAUUUCUU